AUGGCACAGCCCCAGUGGAGUGAACGGACUUCAAGAGCCGCCAUUCCGGGAUUUUUCCACAAGAGUAACCUGUCUGCGACAACCAAUGAAAGAUCGGGUUCGUCCAUGACGGUCGAUGAGGGCCACCACAUCAUCCGUGAGAGCAUUCAACGCUGGCCAAGACCUUAUGCUCGCGGUGAGAGCCUGCGCGACAGCGUGCCAUCUGGCGCGCUGCGAGUUACGAACCCGGACACAACAAGCUCGCCGCCGUCUAUACCUUGUGGCUAUCUUAAGACACGUGGAUCAUCUGGGCUCAAAGCUCUGAUCGAUCGGCCCAAGCCCGCAUUCAUUCCCGGGGCGAGUCAGCAAGAUAGGAACAGUUCCGCAAGUACGGUAUUCAGCCAUUACAGCGAUGGGAACUCGCGCGCAAGUGUUCGUUCGACGGCCUUCCAACAGCAUCCACUCGCGCAGCAGAUACGAAUUAAUUCGCCCUCGCCGGCAUCUUCGUCAAGAAGCAGCGUCUCUCCAAUAUCGAGCGACGAGCGACUAGAUUUCGAUCACUCCAAGAACCUUCCUCUGAGCUUGUCCACGGAUAAAGAGCCUCGACCACUCUCGUCCGGACCAUCUCCCAUCCAAAGGGAUGCAUUCCUCACAGCACCUCUUCGUCUCCCUCAGGAAAAGCCCUCCCUGGCAAGUCUGCGUACCGUGCGCCAAACGCCUCCAGAAGACCCCUUCUACCAACCAUCCGCUACACCCAUCAGCCCAGACAGCGUGUUCCAACUAAGCAGUCCAACGUGGUACUCUCCACCCCCAACCCAACCCCAGGAUCGACAGAUGUUCUCCCCGGCAGGUGAACAUCCCUCACAGACCUACCGCGAAGACAACAACAGAACCAACAAUGACCGCGAUGGGCUCUUCUCACAGCGCAGUUCGCGAUACAGUCAGAUCAGUCCCAUCGAGCCGCAUGACCUUCCUUCACAGACCGGAACACCAAAUUGGCCGCUCGUGUCCAGGCCACUGUUCACGAACGCGAGCAAUCGCAGCGAGGAUAGUCUUGGCGAUCCCAUCACCGAUAGGAACUUCCUGGCGCCUCCUUCGCUGCAGCCGUCGUCGGCGACAUCCUCCGUGAGGCAGAGGGAACAUCAUUGGGCGAGGCGCAGCGAUCCGUUUGAUUUGGAUCGGGGGAGUCUUUGA